UAUAUAAACUCAUUGUGAGGUUGCUUCCUAAGCAGCACAUUUACACAUAUCCCUUAAUUUGGCAUUGUGAGUGUUUGAAGAGAGUGUGUGUGAGAGAGAGAGAAACAGAGAUAUGGGGCAAAUGGAAGAAGGGUCAUUGGUUUCAUCAAAAGAAAUGCCUCUGCCAAUGCUUUCACUGAACCACGUUUCUUAUGUAUGCAAGAGUGUGAGUGAGUCUGUGAAAUUCUAUGAGAAUGUGCUGGGAUUUGUGCUCAUUAAGAGGCCAUCUUCUUUCAAAUUUGAAGGGGCAUGGUUAUUCAAUCAUGGCAUUGGCAUUCACCUACUAGAGUCAGAUAAGGUUCCGGUGGCAAAAAGAGAGAUCAACCCCAAAGAAAAUCAUAUUUCCUUUCAAUGCUCUGACAUGAAACUUGUACUAAAAAAACUCGAUGCAAUGAACAUAAAGUAUGUGACAGCAGUGGUGGAAGAUGGAGGAAUUCAAGUUGAUCAGCUAUUCUUCCAUGACCCAGAUGGAUAUAUGAUAGAAAUAUGCAACUGCCAAAAUCUCCCUGUGCUUCCUAUUUCUUCGUGCCCUCUAAAUCAGGCUAGUAUCAAUUACAGAAAAGAUCAAGCACCAUCUUUCUAUGGAGAAGGAACCUUGAAGAUUAACUGCUUUGCAGAAGAAGCUUUGCUGAUGAUGGAGAAUUUGAUGGUGGAUAUGUUGAAGAUUUCAAUAUGAGAUUUGACAAUGGGAUUUGUUGCAAUUUUCCUCAUCAUUUUGUAAAAUGUUUUUGAAAUAAUUCUUAA